UCAACAGUGACUUUCCCUUAAAGGAAUGUCCUUGGGUUUAAACUUAGGUUUAAAAAAGUCCUUAUUUAUGUUACUAACACCUUUUAGAUUUAAAAAUGGUAACUUUGUCAUGCUGAUUGAGCUGAAAAUUACAAAGUAAGCAACACACCAGUUUCAUUUGCAGCUUCUCUCACAGUAGCACAAUAAUAUUCCUGACGCUCUCAGAAUGAGCAAAAUUUAGUUGUCUAGUUGUAGUGGAUUCUGAAGGUCAAACUACAACUGUACUGGAAACCUUGUUUAAAGUAGGCACUGUAGAACUGUUAGGAGGGGAUUGCUACUGGAGAGGAUCUUUACUGUAGGUUUCAUUAUGAUAGCUGGUGAACAUAUAUGCAUGUGAUCAGAAAAAUGUCCCUGUUUAUUUCCUGGUUUGGAAGUAUUGAGCUAAAACAAAGACUUACAGAAAUGAAGUUCCUGAACUGUGGUCUACAGAGUAUUUGCCGGUUGUGAGUAGAGCGCAGGCUGAUCACGUGAGGCAGCUCUGUGUUUUCAGUUACAGAAUUGAGUUAAGAUGGCUAAAGCACUUACUUUCUUAAUGUUAAAUAUCCACAUAAGUAAUUGCUGUAGUUGUCAGAGGAAUGGGGUGUAGUCUGCAUAAUUGUGAACAGGAAGUUCAUAAGACCCUCUGUGAAAAUGCGGACCAUAAAGUUUGAGAACUCCUGUGAAGCUGUUCUUUGUUUGUUUGUUUGGUGCGUAUGUGUAUUUUGGGGUUGACUAGGAAGGUCAACUAACAUUAUUGUACAGCAAGCUGGCAGGCUGAAAUGUCAUUAACAUUGUGUGUAUUCAUACUAGGAAUCUAAACUUCUUUAAAUGUUUAGCUUCCUUAAUGUCAUUUAAUUGUAGUGAGGUCAGGACAGUACAGUAGUAGAUUAAACCCUGGACUUGUGGAGGUGAUGAACUAGCUGGAAUCCUGUCAUUUUAAAUGUAUUAAGUAUUGCUUAAUGAUAUAGUAGGAUAGUAUUGUAACAUCAGUGGCAACAGUUUUUUAACAUGGAGACAAUACAUUUAGAAUAUGUUGAAAACAUGCUACAAUCUGCAUCUUGUUAUAGCAAAGUUAUUAGCAGUUUUCUUUUCUUUUAUACACUAGAGCAGUAUAAUCCCUGAUUCUUGGUCCAAGGAAUGAACACUCAAGUCAUUGCUGAAAGGGAACCAAAACCUGGCUUCUAAACAAAGCUUAAGAAUAAACUGGAUCUUACAUGUACUACUGGUUGUCUAUGAUAAUUUUAAAGGGGAAAAAAAUGGCAGCAGAGGUUGUAAGUAAGAUUACCUGUCUAGGUAAUUCUCUAUAUCCAGAAACACCUUAAUGCAUGCAUUUAAAAACAAAGCUUUUGUGGUGCGUGAAUUACUUUUCUCAUUCUUGUAUUUUUCCCCACAUCUUCUGGCAACCAUAAAAAGAUAAGUUCCAUGUACACGGCAAAGCUGAAUGUUUGACACUGUCCUGCUAUAGCAGAUCCUCAUGCUAUUAAUGGCAAGGUAUGUCAACAAUUUGUCAGAUGAUGCUUGUUGAAGUGCUAAUCCUCUUGCACCUUCUUCCUUCUGUUUAGGGAAAACAGUUAGGCUGACUCUCUUCCUGAAGGAUCCUUGUGCUUCUUCCUAAGAUCACACAGAGUGUGUGCGCACACAGGUUCACGUGUGGAUUCAUUGUAAUGGAUCGCUACAGAUAUUUCAUCUUUAACCAGAAAAGUAUGGUUGUGCUGGGGUUCUUGCAGAUAGCCUGUGCUGCAGUGUGUGUCAUCAGUGGAUUAAUGGAUGGCACCUUCAGAACAGAAUCAGCACUGAGUAAAAGCAGAGCACCCGUCUGGGCUGGAAUGGUCAUGGGUGUUCCUGGAGUUCUGGCUUUAUUUUCUUCCCAGAAAAAAAAUCCAGUUCUUGUGAAUGCAAUGAUAGUAGCUUCUAUAUUUUCUUGUUUUGCCACCAUCAUUGUAGUUGUCUAUGCUUCCUUAACUUUAAGCUAUGGUGAAGAAGAUGAGAUGUUCACACAUGAGCCAGUUCAUGUUAUUCAUACGAAGUUUGUGCUUGAUAAACUUGUCAAAGGAGCCAACAUAGCAAUGUUAAUUGCAUCUACCUGCAGUGCUUUCAUUGUGCUAGUUAUUGCUUACAUGGGCUGCCGAAGUCUUCCACGUUGUUCAUGUUAUGACAAUGUAACUGGAAUGGAAUGGUUACAACCUGCUGAGGAUCCGCAGCAGACUGUGGAACUGGUUUGCACUAUGCAAAGUCAUGGGAACAGAAUCUUUAAUUCCCCAGUGCAGUUUCCAGAUCAAGACUUAGAUGCAGAGGAAGAACUAUCCAAACCACCUCCCUACAUCAGACUUGCUUGAAGAAUAACAAAGAAUUUUAAUGCUAAUAGACUGGAGAACUUACCUUAUAUUUUGCUACCUUUUUUUUAAAGACUUUUAAAAACAAAAUCUGUGCACUUUUUCAUGGAUUCUUUAAACAUGGAACUACUGAAUGCACAGAAAGUUAAGCCAAGAUGGCAGUGCAAUUGUCUACGCACUUGUGGAUGAAAAGAUCUUACAGGUCUUUAACUGAUUUAGGUCUUGCACAAUUAAAAUACCUCAUCUCUUCUAGGAUGUGUGAACCAGUCUCCUGCAGCUUUUAUAUGAGAUCUAUAUUUUAAGACUAGAUGAUAAUGGAAUUUGUCUUGCAGUUUCAGUUUGGUAGUGCUAGCUUUGAGCAUUCAAAUGUGAAAUCAUAUUGACUGUUUUAAAAUGUUUGUUAAUGCAUCUACAUUUUCUCAAAUAUAACUUGUAUUUUUCUGCCUUUUUAAACAAGUUAUACUAGAAUGAAGGAGCAACUUGUGGUUAGACAUAAUUUCUUUUACUUCUGUGGACUGCACUGGAUAUUCAGCCAUCUUCUUCCAUCUUUCUUGGGGAACAGGCUAAAACAUCUGGUAUUAAAACUUGAAGUGUCCCUGUCAAACUAUAGAUCCAGUUGUGUUUAAAAAAAAUUGUAUUUAUAUUUUAUCAAUGAACACCUAAUAAAACAGGAUUUUA